AUGGAAGUUAAUUUAGACAAGCUAAACUCAAUUGUUAAUAGAGCAAACACAAAUCCUUACCUUCAGAUGUUGAAGACUGUUAUGACCAAAAGGAAAAAUAAGAAAUAAAAGCAGUGUUAGGGUCAAAAACUUCCAGAAAUGAUACUCUAGAGCAUCUCCUUAUGAGUUGGUGAUGAAGUCUAGAGUUGAAACUCCCAUACGCCCGAUUAGAGUAUCAACUAAUAUGACACCGUACCUUUCUCCUAGCUCUAGGAGGCAGCAUUUAAGCUCUGCAAAAUCACAGAGAAAAAUUGCAACUUCAUCAAGUCAAGAAGUUAUGAAGAGUUCUUCUGGAUCUCAGAAGAUUCUUCACAUUGACACCAGAAGAAUACUUUCGAAAGAAAUUGCAUUUACACCAGUUCUCCUCAAAAACAAUUUUUCAUGAGGAGCCAAAAAAUCACAUAAGGUGAAAACCGGCCUCAAAGGAAUAGUUACCGUCAGGAGAACAGUGAAUGAGACUAUCAAAAUACAAAGAGUUGAAUCAGAAGAAAAGAAGAUAAAUAUCUCUCAAUCUUCAUUCAUUCCACCAUCAAAUUCAGAGUCUAAGCAGUCGUUUGUGAUACAAGAUAAAAAUAAUUAUGAGAAAUGACAGAAAUUCUUAGCUCAGAAGGGGUUCUUCCAAAAAGGUCUAAGACCUAGCUAUUCCAAUAUCUGUAGUAAGACUCCUGUCAUUCAGACCCAAAAUACCUCAUUUUCACCAAUGAGGAUCCAGAAUGAUUCUGUCGAUGAAGAUGCAGUUGAGAUAGCCACAAAGAAUCUCAAAAAUAUGGCAAAUGCAAAGGACAUGAGAAGUGAUAGCCCUCUUGACAGUCAUUCUUGUAUCCACACUAGUUCUCAGAUUUCGAUAUCUAGAAAUCCUUCCAAGAGUGAUUUAGGCACUAAAAAGAAGAAAUAAGAUUAAAAAAGUUGACUCUAAGCGAAAUAGUCCUUAUUUUAGAGUCGUUAAAACUAAGAAUAAACAAAUUAUGAGUCUCUUACGUAAGAAAACCACCCAAGACACUGAGCAGAGCUCCCAGAGGAAGAGCACCAAAUCCACUAAAUUUGCUUCCUUUUGGAGUGUUAAGAUUCAUAAAAAACGCAAGAAAGAAUUAAAGCCAGAUAAAAUUUAUUCGGAAAUAUCAGAAAUUUUGAAGAAGAAUUGAGCGACCAAGUAUUCUCUCGAUUCAAGAGAUGCGUCUCCUCAUUUUUCUUCUCGGUCGAUAUUAAAUUUCUUGAGGAACAAGAAGCUCAAGUCAUCGAAGCCACCAAAAGGUUAGAAUUUGUACAAUUUUCA